CUUUUAGAUCCCCCGGUAUACCAUGGCCAAUGACAACACGAAACCCAAGGACGACGAGUCCUCGUCUCUAGCCACCACCAUCAAAGAAAAUUAUUCCCCAGCUCAUGCCUCCCCAACUACCCUCCUCACAUCCGACCACCCUCCGGAAACGACCGACACACCUCUCCGUUUCCUCGGUUAUGCCGCCCGUCUCCGCACCAUCGCGAUAGCCGGGUCCCGAUAUCUCGCCUACACUUCAGACGUAGGCGAAGCCUUCCGUCCCGUCGUUGACCCCAGAAUCGUCAAAGCGGCCUAUGCAAUCAGUUUUGGCUAUGUGGGGUUUGAUGUCGCUUUUGAGGGCGUUAAGGCUGCCAAGGAGGGUAAAGACGAAAAGGAGAUUGCCAGAGUAGUGGUGAAGAGAAGUGUGUUUCAGGGGUUGGCGAGUUUAUUGUUGCCGGCUGUUACGAUACAUACUGUAGUUGACGUGACGGGCAAGUUGAUUCAAAACCGGCCAAAAACGCCUUUGAUGCGCUGGACGCCUACCCUUGCGGGUCUCAUGGUUGUCCCUUUCCUCCCGAUCAUGUACGAUCAUCCACUGGAAGGGUUCAUAGACAAGACGUUUGAUAAGAUUUGGCCGGUAGAUGAAAAGGACAGCAAACAAAAGACAGAGUAGAUAUGUGCAGUUAUGUAGUGUGUGUUGUCAAGAUCCCCAAGGACCAUCAUUUGAGUUUGCAUGCAUUGUUCCCCCCAUUUAUCUAAAAAUGAUUCUACACCAAAACUUUCUAUGCUGUUCUACUCAAAACAUCCACUAGCACAUUGGCC